UUUAAAAAGAAAUGAGAAGCGUGUGCUCUCCUCUCACCUCCGCCGUCUCCUCCCUCAGCUGCUCUCCUCUCCUCUCACCUACCCUCCAGAUCGGGUCGUAACUCGUAACAGGGAUCAGGGUGGCCAUGGCUCCGGUGAAGCUGUACGGCAUGACCAUGUCGUGGAACGUGACGAGGUGCGUGGCGGCCCUGGAGGAGGCCGGCGUCGAGUACGACGUCGUGCCCAUCGACUUCGGCGCCGGCGAGCACAAGACCCCCGACCACCUCGCCAGGAACCCCUUUGGUCAGAUGCCGGUUUUGCAGGAUGGCGACUUCUACGUCUGGGAAUCGCGUGCUAUUUGCAAGUACACAUGCCGCAAGAACAAACCGGAGCUGUUGAAGCAGGGCAACCUCAAGGAAUCGGCAAUGGUAGAUGUGUGGCUCGAGGUGGAGGCCCAUCAGUACACCGCCGCACUGGAGCCCGUUAUCCUCGAGUGCCUCAUCCGUCCUAUGUUCGGGCGAGCCACUGACCAGAAAAUUGUUGAGGAUAACCUUGUGAAACUGAAGAAGGUGCUGGAGGUGUACGAGGCGCGACUGAGCAAGUGCAAGUACCUGGCUGGAGACUUCCUCAGCCUCGCGGACCUUAACCAUGUGUCUGCUACCGCAUGUCUGGCGACUACACCCUAUGCUUCUUUGUUCGACGCGUAUCCGCAUGUGAAAGCCUGGUGGUCUGGCCUGAUGGCGAGGCCGUCCGUCCAGAAGAUCACUGCACUAAAGAAGCCGUAUUUUCAGAAUAGUGUCUAGCACAGUUUUCGCCGCGGCCCACGAAAUAAGCCGGGCUGUCUCCCGACGUUUGUCGUGUCCAGGCGCGCGUUGUUGUAAUAAUUAGACAACACCCCACGCGUUGCUGUGAGACUUUUUAGCAAUAAACUGUGAAAUGAUUUAUUGCUAAAAGAUAAAAAAUAAAAUCUAUGAUGUGGAGGGUUUGCAUGUGUUUGAUGA